CCCCGGAGUCCCCUCAAAGCCAUUCUCUCCUGGGUUGUCCCCAUCCCACCUUGUCCAAAGGCUCCUUCCUCAGUCCACCUGUAGAGGCCCCUGUCCUCCCUGACCCCACACAGGUCAGCCUGCCGGCCUCCCCCUUUCCCCUCUGCCAGGGGCCCCCAUCCCUGGUUCACCUCCCGCUGGACGGUGAGCAGCUUGAGGGCAGGGACCGAGCAAUGUGGGGCGGAAAAGGGAGGCUCUCAGUGGUCCACUCCUCGAGCCCCUUGUGUUCUGGGGCCAAAGGGGGUGCCAGGCCCUUCUUCCCAAGGGCUCCUGGUCCCCAGGACAGUGGCUCAGCCUCCAGCAUCUGUAGGCUGGGACAUCCUGCUGCUCUGAGUGGCGUCCACAGCACAGUGUGACUGCAUCAGAAGACACCCACGUUUUCACUUGUGGGACUUGUCCCCGUUCACGGCCCCGCCCCCGAGGUGGAGGGCAGGCUCCCCCAGGGCCCUGGAAGCGGACAGGCUGGGCCUGUCUGGCCAGUCCUGUGCUUAACAAGGCCAAGGGGCCCACUUCAGACUGGAAACCAGACCCGGUCUCCACGGCCCAGACAGAGGAGCCGCAGAAUUGAUCAUCCAUCGGUCUCGCAUCCCGAGGGCUUCCUCCCACCCAGAAAUCUCAGAGCUGCUGAGAGGGGCCCCAGGCUUCAUUUCUGAAGUUGCCUUUUCAUUUUGUUGAUGGUUUCCAACAGGCUUUCUCUUCCCAAGAGUUGAAGGUAGGUCCCUUUUCUCCACAUCCUGUCUGGCCCCUAGGAUGGUGGGCCCUGUGGAUCCCAGAUGACUGAUGCCCUACCCCAUCUCUUCAGUGUUUUCUCAUCCUUCUGGAAUAAAUGGUCUCAUAUAAAACAUGAUGACUAUAUUUGAUAACAUUCUAUUACAUAACUGAAAUUUGCUAAGAGAAUAGAACUUAAAUGUACACACACACACAGAUAAAUAUGUGAAGUGAUGGAUAUGCUAAUUAACUAGAUAGGAGGAAUCCUUUAAUAGUGGAUGUUUGGGCAUGUGGUCAUCACUGGGUGCCACAAAUGCCUGAACAGUCCCACAGGGUGGGUGGCACAGGGGCUCCAUUUCACAGAGAAGGAAACAGAUCUCCAAGAGGUGGACAGGAAAGUCCAGGCCACACUGCAAGGAGGUGGUGGAGUCAAGGUGCAAAUUCUGAGUCCCAGGUCAGAACCCUCCACCCCUGUCCUGCCUGCCCUCCCACUGUCCAUCCCCUCCUGCUUUCCAGGUGUGGCGUGUCCCUGUCAGGGCCACUUGACCAUCAUCUCCGUGCCUUACGUACACACCAUUUGUCUCUCCCACUAGGCGGCCAGCUCCGUGAGGGCGGGUGUUUCCUUCCCUGUCCUGUCCCAGUGGCGAGAACCAUGUCUGGCACAGAACAGACACCACAUGACUCUUUGCUGAGUGAAUUAAUGAAAAAAAUGAAAGAAUCCCCUAGUAAAAAAAACAAAGAAACUGAGCCUGGACUCACUGAGGCACAGUGUUCGCGGGGCUGGGAGGUCCCGGGGCUGAGCGGGACUCGGGCCAGGUCCCUCAGCCCCACUCAGCCCCGCUGCUCCCAAAUCCAACAGCCUCGGGUCAUCAACACCCCCGUCCUGGGCCUCCUGAGAGCAUGGGAAUCAAAUAAUCUGGGUCAAAAGUGGAGAUGGCUCCAUUUACUUUUGGCGAGACAUCUGCCUGUGGUGCUAUUUCUGCCUCAGUUUCUCAGUCUGGCACAUGGCACCUGCCACUCCACUGACACGGGUGGAGAAGGAUUCGGGAGGAACCUGCAGAGCUGGCCCUUCCUUCGUCCUUUCCCCCCCGAGGCGGGCCUGGGCCGGCCUGAGGGGCUCCGGCUCCAGCCAGGCACCCCUGCUCUGGGGACAAGGGGGUGGAGGUGCUGUGAGGAGGCACCUCCCACACAUGGAGCCUCGGGGGCAGGGCUGGGAGGCCCUCGUUUUCUGACACCAUCUCUACAGACUGGACGGGAAAGCAGAGGCCCAGAGAAGGGAAGGGACGGGCCUUGGACGUGGAGGGAAUCAACGGCGGCCCAGGCGGUACAAGAACCUGGGGGUUGCCGCCCAGCUCAGGGCUCUCCUCUCCCAGAGCACAGGCGGUGCCAGGCAAAGGCUCUGUCUGCUCCCCGUGGGCAUCGUUCCCCACCACUGUGCCUGGACCACAAGGGGCCCAGAGUCUGCGGCUGAGACGGACAGACAGGCCAGGCAGGGCCCCCGGCUCUGACCACAGCCCUGGCCUCCCAACACGCACAGUCCUCAGGACGGGCUCCUAACGCUGCUCAGACACAGGGCCCUGACUGAGGGCCUGUGGG